AUGGAGAAGGCUAAUCGUCAAGACAAAGGAAAAAGGAUUGUAGAGGAUGUAAGUGUAGACUUAACAUUAGAGCUUCCGAUGGAGACUCAAAUGGAGUACUGGAGGAAAAGGAAUUUGUUGCCGCCUAUGGAUACUGAAAUGUCUUGGAGGCGAAGAAUGGAGACUGAAAUUGAGUGCAGGCGUAGAAUGGAGACUGAGAUGGAAUGGAGGCAAAUCAAUGGUCCAUCUUAUGUGAUGAGGAAAGCUUCCAUGCCGUCAAUGGAGACUCAAACAGAAUGGGGGAAAAUGAGUGAUCCAUUUUCUGUUAAUAGGACGACUUCGUUGCCUCCAAUGGAGACUGGGAUGGACUGGAAGGAAAGGAGGGACCUCCAGACACAGACGCGCGGGGACACGGAGCAGAAUAGAUGGGAUAAACUGAAGAAUGUUAUAGUUGUUGAGGAAAAUGAAGGGAAUGGAACCUCUUCUUUGCCGUCACCUGGUGGAUCUAGAUCUGUAGGAAGUUUUGGUUCAGCUGGAACUAGUUCUGAAACUCAACAACACCUACCUAAUCAAGGUGCAUCUGGUAGUUCUAAUGCGAUACCUCCAGUCAGUGGCACAUUGGAGCAAAUGCAGCAUCUGGUAUUAGCAGCCAUUGAAGCUACUAAUGAGCAAUCACCCGACUUUUCGGGAAAAGAGGGACUCAGAAAUUUCUUGCUCAAAAUGCCUGGUGUUGCCACUAAAGGUGAUGGAUCAAAUGGAAAGAAGACUGAAGGAUUUUUAUACGCGUAUAAGAGGGGAGGAGAAGUGAAGAUUGUUUGUAUUUGUCAUGGUUAUUUUCUAACACCAGCCGAAUUUGUUAAACAUGGUGGUGGAGGUGAUGUUGAAAACCCUUUAAGGCUUAUAACUGUCGAUCCUAAUUAA